AUGGAUAACAAUAACAAAUUUCUCCCACCUCCAAAAGAGAGCAAGGAACCACGGAAUGAAAGGAGAAAACCGUCAUUUGUCUCCCAAACUGAAGAAAUGGUAUCAGAACUACAAUCUCACACUCAUGAAAUAGCUAUGGAAAGAGAUCAAAUUAAUAGUUUCGAAUUUAAUGAACAAAACUAUACUGAAGUUAGCAGAGAAAGCGCCAGCGGAGAUAACCAAUAUCUCAGUGACCACACAUCCGACUGCCUUUCCGAAAAUGAUGAUAUUUUCUCGGGAAGCGAAAAAGAGGAUUCUAUCGAAUCCACUUCCAGUAAUAUACCAACAUCAACUUGUCAACAUGGACGAAAUGAUAAAAUAGACUCGAGUUUGAACAAAUCGGCAAACUUAGGGCCAAAAAAUCGUGGUGAAGACUAUGAGUCAUCAUCAACUUUAACGAUGAAUGAUAAUAACCCAGUAAUUUUGACCAGCGAUGUGACCAAUAGCAAUGAAAUGAAUGUUACCAAGCUCGUGCAAGAACCAGAGGAAUAUCAGAGUGAAGGCGCUGACCAAGGAGUAAGUCGCACCAGGCUAGCGCGUUCAUGGAGCUUACAAUCCCCGGUUUCCGGAGACGAUUUACCAAAUCAAAUGUUGGUUCGCGUAACUUCCCUCACCUUUGAUCCGCCACGACCAGUCAGUUCCAACCACAAAAUAAAAACUUCGCUCCGUCUUAAUAUCCACUCGGUAACUCAUAACACAUCCCCAGCUGCAAAGUUAGAUGAGCAUUUCCAAAAGACAUUUUCGUUUCCAAUGGAUUAUCAUUCAUUGGUUUUUGACACGUUGAAAGUAGAUGUGUAUGAACAUAGCUCGUUUAUGAAUAACAAGAAAAGAAUUGGUCGAACGUUUGUCAGGCUAAGCGAUCUGAUUGAUGCCGGUGGACAGAUCGAGUACGAAGGCGACUUCCCAUUAGAAUCUGCCAUUCUCGCACCAACGACCUAUAUCGGUUCAAUGGGGUUAAAGCUCAGAUUCCAUUUUCCACAAGACGUCCAGAUAUCGACAUCCCGUGCGGAAUCGACACCAGCCAGCCUCGAGUCAAGUACGUCCGAUCCGUUAACAUCAUCAGGCUCGUCUACGUUGAUAGAUUCGGAAACCAGUCCUAUCGCUGACGCGACAUCGAGAUCUGUGGCUGACGAAUUGAGGCUGGAUGAGAAUGAAUUUGCAAGUGUGAUUCGCUUGCCGAAGAAAAAGGGAAGUUUGGGAAUAUUGGAUAUUGUCCUCAACCAAGAGACGCGAGAUGCUAUUAAGGAGAUCACGGUGUUAUAUCAUACCUUUUUUGACCAUGGCUGGAGAUUGACCAAGCUCGAAUUUUUGAAGGCUUACAUGUUCUUGGAAAAGUAUUAUUCACAAAAGGAGAGAGAGGAUAAGGCGGGUAGCGCAUGGGAUAUAAUUAAAACAUUCGCUGCUGCGGACGAAAAGUCGAUAUUUAAAACUUCACUUUACUUUUUACAUAGUUCAUUAACUCAUCAAACCGUGCGCGAUAUGAAAAAACUUGAAGAUGCGCAAAAGUUUCUCAAAUACUCAAUGGCAUCUUACGGUUCUUUCUUGUUCAACUGGUUUGGGUACGGAUCCGGGAAAGCCCCAUUGAAUGCGUUUAGAAUGAACUCGGACAAGAAGAAUGUGCUCGAGUUCUUUAAACUUGACAAGACUGAUGUUAUUUGUUGGGAGUAUGGAAAGAGUUCAGUGUCGAAACCGAGUUACAUGAUUGUCAGAGAUCCAGAAACGAAUAACAUAUUGAUUUCAAUCAGAGGGACAAUGAACGUAACCGAUCUUAUAACCGAUGCCCUGGCGCAUUACGAGCCAUGGAACCUUGGAUUUGUUCACCGCGGCGUUCUUCGUAGUGCCAAAUAUCUGGUCGAUCAUUCUCUCCCAGCAAUACGGUCAGCGGUCUCACGAUUUGACGCGCCUGCUAUCCAAGUUAUGGGUCACUCUCUAGGCGCCGCGAUUGCAUCAAUUGUUACUAUGAUUCUUCGCGAUAGGUGUCGAGAUUUAUUAGAGUUGGGAAUCGAUAUCCAUGGCUGGAAUUUUGCGCCUGCUCCGUGUUGUUCUUUAGAUCUGGCUAAGAAGGCAGAAGAGGAAAAGUUUAUUGACAGCUUUGUGAACGAAAAUGAUGUCAUACCAAGGUUGAGUUAUGGAAAUUUAAUGGAUUUUAAGGAAUUGGUGAAGAUGGCAGCCAGUGAGCUAAAGAAUGAGGCUUAUAAGAAUGCAAGUAUAAGACUUCCAGCGAAACAAAAACUCGCAGCUCUCAUUUCCUCUGUUGAUGCAUAUCACGCCCAUCUAAAGGCGACAUCAUCAUCACGUAAACUCUACAUUCCAGGGACGAUAUAUUACCUCCAUAAAGGGGAGCGCAUUACUCAAACCGAUGGCAAUCGCGCUUACUACGUCAAAGACGUCAUGUGUGAAAUAUCAUCUCCUGAACAUUUCAUGGAUAUUACGUUGAAAAAGAAUUGGUUGUUUCAUCAUUUUCCGGAUAGGUAUGAUAAAAAGUUUACGCGAGUCAUUAAAUCAUUGUUAAGAGAGAACUCGGGACAGGAGGCAAAGGGAUUUUGGAAGAAGAUUAAAAAAAGAGGAGAAGAGGAUGAAUGUGUUAAUGUUGGAGAGGAAGGUGGGAGGAGAAUGGAGAGAUGGAUGAGUAGGAGUGGUCAUAUUUGA